AUGUCUUACUCACGAACCCCUCACGCUCUACUAGACAUCACCCCCGUCGACUCAGAGGUCGAAACAUCAGAUCUCAUGACCGAGACCGAGGAAGAAACCGAGGGCGAAUCCGACAGCGAUAUUGAAAUGGACGAAGCAUACAACUACCCCUACGCACCUCCCCAACAAGAAAACUUCUACGCCGCCACCUCAGGAAGUUAUACCUCAGUCCUAACCUCCCCUCGCAACCCCACCAGCAAAAACCCCUCCCCCCAAAAAUCCUCCCUCUCACCCCCCNUCCCCAACAAGAAAACUUCUACGCCGCCACCUCAGGAAGUUAUACCUCAGUCCUAACCUCCCCUCGCAACCCCACCAGCAAAAACCCCUCCCCCCAAAAAUCCUCCCUCUCACCCCCCAAGAAAUCCUCCUCCCCAAAAAAAGGUACCGUCCGCUUCGAGUCCUCCCCAGCCCCAAGUCCCAUCUCGCCAAACAACAACGGGGGGCAGGUGGUAGGAUACAUCAGCACCAAAGGCGAGCGACCCUCCGGCUCGCGAGCCAUCAAAGGACCCGUGGACCCCUCCAAGUCCGCCAGUCCCAGUGCGCUCGACAGUGCCUCAUCAGGGAGNUAGGAUACAUCAGCACCAAAGGCGAGCGACCCUCCGGCUCGCGAGCCAUCAAAGGACCCGUGGACCCCUCCAAGUCCGCCAGUCCCAGUGCGCUCGACAGUGCCUCAUCAGGGAGCGUCAUAAGCCUGAUCUUCUCGCCUAGUCGGUGGCAGACACCGCAGUUUAUCAGGAACUGGUACGCGGUCGGCGCACCGAUGGAGAUUCCCGCGGGGUAUACGGAUUAUUCGCCUACGGGUGGUGGGGGUGGACAGACGAUCGAUCCGCCCGCGCCGUCGACGAUGAAGUUGAGAGGACGAGGCGGGAGGCGGCGAGUGUGGUGAAUCGGUUACAGAAGACUGCGGGGGGACGGAUACAGAGACAGAAGGCGGUGCCGGUUGCGGAUCGACAGAGGGAGAUUGAUGAGAUGUUGAGGGCGAAUUUGGGACUUUUGGUUCCGGUCAGUUUUGGGAAUUUUCUUUUGCGAUAUGGUAUUGUGUUUUUGAUGUGAAAGGGGAAGUGAUUACUUGGCGAGUUAUUCCACUUGAGAUGAGAGUGUUUAAAAAGACAAAUCACCUCCUCAAGAUCCCCUCGAUUCAACCCAAGAAAACACCCAAGCGAGAAACCAUAAGAAAAAGAAAAAAAGCUAACCAAAAACAAAAACAGACAAAAAAACCCAACAAACCCUCCCCCUCCACAGGAGGCUCCGACGAAAAACCUCCUCCCGUCCCCCACCCAACCCAAAACAUCAACCUCUCAACCUCCAUCCCCAUCCCCGUCCGCAAACUCUACCCCUCCCACCCGCUCGAAGACCGUCCAGACGCCUUCUUCAAAGACGCCUUCCACACCCUCUACACAGACAUCCACGCACUCUGCCACGCCUUCUUCGGCUACCCGAACCUCCUCAACCCCGAAUGGGUCAAGAAAACCGGGACGGCGAAGCCCUGGGACGCGAUCGGGAUGAUGAGUGAGUUUACGACGUUUGCGGAUCUGGUGGCGGAGGAGGAUCCGGUGGUGGGGGGCUGGGAGGAGUUGGUGGGGAAGGGGAGUAGUAGGAAGUUUUUGGUGGUCGGGGUGAUUGUGAAGAUGUUGAAGUUUCGGGUGUUUGAUGAGGGGAUUUAUGGGGGGAAUGUGCAGGAGGGGGAGAUGAUGCAUGGGGUUGAGAGGGCGUUGAUUGAUCGGGAAGGUUAGAUUUUUCUUUUUCUUUUUUUUUUUGCUCGACUUGCUGCUCUCGUUCACUUGGAGUGAGGGAUGGGGAAGACACUUACUACCCAACUAAUCCUCGCUUAUCAAGCGAGAUUUGAAAAAGGGGGCACCAACACCCCACCCCACCACACCUCCCCCCUCAUACCCUCCGCAAGAUCGAAAAAGAAGAAAAACAAAAUACUAACAACAUAAAUCAGGCUUCCAACGCCAAACCCUCCGCGCCUCCACCACCCGCGCAAUCCUCACCAACCGCCCCGUAACAACAAACUUCUACGCCCAAGUCGCCUCCCAAACCGCCCAAACCUUCCUGAUGCUCCAACCCCUCUUCGACUACCUCUACAGCCUCCCCUCCACCUCCGACUGGGAGCUCCCCCCACCAAUGGAAUUCUACCAGGGGCUGCACGACAUAAUCUCCGACGCGGCUUAUCUCAGCCUCUGCAUCCGCGUCUCCCCCACCAUCUUCUGGUGGGAGGAGACACGACCAGGGACGUUGUUUACGGCCGAGGAACACACCAUCGUCGACGCGGUGAGCUGGCAAGAGAGCAAGAACGCCCAGCUCACGCUGCACGUGAAGGAUAUCACAGCCUGGCGCGCCACGAAAGAGAAAGCGCUCGCGGCGGUGCGGAAGAAGUUAGCAGAGGGCAAGAUCUACAGCCAUCACGGCUUCGCCAAAGUCGAGCAGUUGGAGAACAUCAAAGCGCUCCGCCCCGCAUUCGCAACCGACGCCUUCAGGGCGAAGGUGAAAAUCGCAGUCUGGCCCGCAAUCAAGCGCUUCAAGGAGGGACACUGGAAAGAAGAGGGCACCUCCCUCCCCGCAUGGGAGAAGAGGGGCAUGCGCGAGAUCCCCAUGAGUACGUCGCUGGUCCUCUGUUACUACGGCCGCGUGCAACCGCUGGGAGGGAUCAAACCGUACCAGCCACAAUCGUUGGCGGUGUAUAUGGGGUUACUCCCUACGACGGCGGAGGAGAAGGAGUUUGUGGAGCGGGUGAAUGAGAGCAGUUGUUUACCUGGAAGGGACUUGGAUCCCUGGGGCUGGUGGCGCUGUAUCUGUUUAGGCAGCAUGGGUUGA